AUCCAGACACGUGUUGGGACUUCUCGAUCAUGGCCGAGCCUCCCUGCCCUUCCCUGAUCCAGCAAAUGGAGGUUGUGGACCUGGUGGACGUGCCCUUUAAUGGGUCACGAGACCGCACUCCAUUCCUACCCUGUAACAGGAGCCACCCAUCUCAUGUUACAGCUGUGCAAGAAUAAAUGUGUUAUUUAGGUCAGUGGUGUGUAUACGCUGUUUGGUAAAUAUGUUUGCAUACUGGUUAUGGUUAUGUCUUUAGUUGCAGAGGAUAUUAUGCUGUAUUUUAAUUCAAUAAAAUAUUGUCUUAAUUAAGAGUGUCUGCUUUGUUUGUUUAUUGUAUUCUAAAGCAAGCUGUUGUCACUUACUAAGGGAUCAUAUAUGAAAACAGAAUAUUACAGCUUUUGUAGGAGGGACAAUUAAGGGUUAAAUUUUAGAUGGCUUUACUAAAUGCAGAAGUAAACAAGUUUACUGUUUUAACUGUACAGUGAUAUGAUUUCCUGCAGAAAGAAAGCGUGGUGCAGUUUAAUGUUUUAUAGUAGAUUUAUUAAAGCUGAGUUUUCUCCACCGGAAAUAGGUGCUCUUACUUUGAAAGACUAAAUCYUUAACCGGAAAUAAUCGCUUCCACACGGCGCAUGUGCUAUUUWUAAGUAGUCAGACUUSGUGUUUUUGUCCGUUUACAAAUUWCUUACUAAAAGCAGAAGUAAUUAAGUUUACUGUUUUAACUGUACAGUGAUAUGAUUUCCUGCAGAAAGAAAGCGUGGUGCAGUAUAAUGUGUUGUAGUAUAAAAUGUAUUAAAGCUGAGUUUUCUACACCGGAAAUAGGUGCUCUUACUUCGAAAGACUAAAUCCUUAACCGGAAGUAAUCGCUUCCACACGGCGCAUGUGUUAUUUUGAAACGAAGCUUAUUUUGAAGUAGUCAGACUUCGUGUUUUUGUCCGUUUACAAAUUUCUUUGUCCUGUUAAAACAAUGCAGAURUGCAAUGUGUGCCACGAGCAGACACCAAAAUACAGAUGUCCAACCUGCAAAAUAAGAUAUUGCUCACUUGGCUGUUACAAGAAACAUAUAGAUGCUUGUCUUCCUGAUGAGAGGCCUGCUUCACUCAAUCCUGAAUCUGAAGAUGCURAUAGCUCUGUUUGUGCAGAACGGUGGAGCGUUGAUGAUCUUCUGCAUGAAGAUGACGUCAUAGACAAAGUGUCCCUGCAGAGGCUCCAGUUGUUAGGACAGUCUAAAGAACUAAGAGAUCUUCUGUGCAACCCUCAUCUGAGACGGUUGUUGCGCUCCGUCGACGGCUCAGAGAACAAAGACGAGGCGAUGAAGGCUGCCAUGCAGGAGCCUCUGUUCGUAGAGUUUUCAGACUGCUGUUUGAAAAUUGUUGAAAAUGAAGCGAAUGGAUUUAUAUCUGGUAAUGAUUGUGAUUUGUAAAAUAUUUUUUGACCACUGUUCCGUUGAGCCUGUCCUGUCACUGUUUGUUUUAUAAUGUUCAAAUAAAUGCUGAAAUGUUUUCAACAA